UUUCAGGCAGCCUCAGCGAAAUCAUCGCCUCACACCUUCCGAUGAUGAGCAUCUCCAGAAAACAACACUCCAUCGUUUGGAGAGAGACUCACCAAACAUUAUGUUUAUUGAAAAUUGCACUAAUUUUGGUUUCUCCAUCAAUGGGAACACAGUGGUAGGCCCUUGCGCUAUUUUGCCACAAGCCAUCCUGCAGUGGAAUGUUGGCACAUACAAAGAUAUUAUUCCAGAAAGUCUUGCUCUGUUCUAUAUGCUGGAGCCCAAAAUAGAAAUUGUGGUCCUGGGAACAGGAGCCAAAGUAGAGAGGCUGGAUCCAGAUGUCCUAAAAUGUUUGCAGCAACGCGGAAUCGCUGUGGAAGUACAAAGCACGCCUAAUGCUUGUGCUACUUUCAACUUCCUGGUAAGCGAACGGCGUGUGACAGCUGCUGGACUCAUACCUCCUCCUCCUGCUACCAUGUAUGAAUAAGCCUUUAAGGAACGCUUCAUUAUGAUAGGGCAUAAACCAUUGACAUACAUACUUUAAAAACUGAAGGUUUGAUUGUCUGUGUAUUGGAGUGGUCUCUGAGACUAGAGAGAUAAGUCCACAUAGCUGGGUUGAAAUUUUUUUGGGCAAGUGAUUUGGAAAGGCUGACUUGGGUCCUGGCUAGCCUUGUGCCUAAGGCAUGAUUAGAACUCAAGGCUCCCAGUUUUCAAUCCAGUGCCUUUAACCGCGACACCAAACUGGCUCUUCAAUUUGCAUAAGCAACAGAUGUUCCAUGGGCCACCAAAUAAACAUUCUUCGUUGUGAACCUCUAGAAUAAGGGAGUCAAACUUGCGGCCCGCGAGCCGGAUGCAUCACACACUGGCCACCGUGGCUUUUAGCAAAGGACAAAGUCGUGAUACAUCAUGUGACGAUGUGACACCGCGAGUUUGGCACACACCCCCCCCUGCUCUAGAACCAUUUCACUAUUAGCUUUCCCAGGCCAAUCAAAGCAAGAACAGACUGGAUUUGAGAAACUUGUGAUCUUUAACAAAGAAGAGAGUUCCUAAAGUUAAGAGUGCAAGAGUUAUAGGCUACUAUGACAGCAGCCAGUUGUCCAUGCGUAUGUUGCUCUACUGUUUUGUAAAAUCGUUAAAAAAAUACAGCCCCAACUGUGAAGAAUGAAGGACCUGGGUAAUGGACCAGAGAAGAAAAACAUCAUUCCAAGAUUUUGAGACUUGAACCUGUUUCAUAAUAAAUACACUAUAUUGCCAAAAAUAUUCGCUCAUCCAAAUAAUCAGAAUCAGGUGUUCCGAUCACUUCCA